CUCUUUCGCUCACUCGCUCUCUCACUCACUCGCUUGCUCUCUCGCUCGUGCCCGCUCGCUCUCAGGCGGAUGAUAGGAGCUUCCUGAAAGAGUGCAGUCAUGUACGUAAUUCCUCCCGCGUCCGCCGAUUCUAAAGGUUAUCAUUAAGACAGAUGCGCCCUGUAGACCAGGACUUCCACAGCUGCCUCAGGGAGACGUACAUAAUUUUAAACCAGGGAGGAAUACCUGAUUAAACUUUUCUUUUUGUUCUUUUUUUUUUUUUUUUUUGGCAAAGAGAGAAGGAUCUGCCAAAGCAACUGAACUGAACAACAAAUUGACGAGACAAGAAUGUCUCAAGAAGAAGAGCGGAAAAAAGGAGACUGAGGAUAAGAUGUCCCAUUCUGUCGCCAUCUGCAUUCUGCUGUUUCUCUCUCUCUUCAUACGACGCUCAAUUCCUUAAUUGAUUCCUUAUCAAGGACUCUCCAGGAGUGAUUGGAUACAAUGAUAACCAAUCAGCUUGCUCUGCUUCUGCUGCUGUCCGUCCCAGAGUGGAGCUCCGCCCUGAUCCGCCCCGUGCCUGGAAUUAGCAAGGCCGAACGGGAUGGACGGACACUUCACCGCACUAAACGUGGCUGGAUGUGGAAUAGUUUCUUUCUGCUGGAGGAGUGGACUGGCAGCGGGAAGCAGUACGUAGGCAAGCUGCACUCUGAUAUGGACUCGGAGGACGGCUCUAUAAAAUAUGUUCUCACAGGAGAUGGAGCCGGAACGAUUUUUGAGAUUGAUGAGAAGUCGGGUGAUAUCCACGCCACCAGAAGACUGGACCGAGAGGAGAAGGCGUCCUACACGCUGAGCGCUAAAGCAAUCAACAAAACCUCCGGACAGGUCCUGGAGAGGGCCUCCGAUUUCGUCAUCAAAAUCCACGACAUCAACGACAACGAGCCAAAGUUCAGCAAGGACACGUACGUGGCCAGCGUUCCCGAGAUGUCCAACGUCGGUGCGUUUGUGAUGAGGGUAACAGCUACAGACGCUGAUGACGAGUCGUAUGGGAACAGUGCUAAGCUGGUGUACAGUAUACUACAGGGACAGCCUUACUUCUCUGUGGAACCAGAAACGGGUGUGAUAAGGACAGCUCUGCCCAAUAUGAUUCGAGAGAACAGGGAGCACUACCAGGUGGUGAUCCAGGCUAAGGACAUGGCAGGACAGAUGGGGGGUCUCUCAGGAACUGCCACAGUCAAUAUCACGCUGCUGGAUGUCAAUAACAGCCCUCCACGCUUCCCUCAUAAUAUCUACCACCUCACCACACCCGAGUCGGCUGAAGUGGGAUCUUCCGUCGGGAGGAUCAAAGCCAAUGACGCUGACGCCGGGGUCAACGCUGAGAUGUGGUACAGUAUUCUGGAGAGCGACGGGCCGGAUGUGUUUAGCAUGGUGACGGACGCAACCAGUCAGGAGGGAGUUAUCACAGUCAAAAAGCCGUUGGAUUAUGAAAGCAGGCGGAUGUACUCGCUGCGGGUGCAGGUGACGAACACACAUGUGGACCCUCAGUUCAGUCACUUGGGUCCAUUCAGUGAUACGGCGACAGUCAGGAUUGCCGUCACAGAUGUGGACGAGCCGCCUGUUUUCGGACGGAGCCAUUACAUCUUCGAGGUGGAUGAGAACGCACCGCCUGGCAGUUCUGUGGGCACGGUCACAGCUCGGGACCCUGAUGCCGCCAACCAUUUGGUCAAAUACACCAUUGAUCGACACACGGACUUGGAGAGGCUGUUUAGUAUCAACUCCAACAAUGGCACCAUCAGCACUCUGCAAGCUCUGGACAGAGAGACGUCCAAAUGGCACAACAUCUCGGUCCUGGCGACAGAAAUCAGUACUUCUCUGCAAACUAGAGUCCCUGUGUUCAUCAAAGUUCAGGACGUAAAUGAUAAUGCUCCAGAAUUUGCCAUGUAUUACGAGACCUUCGUCUGUGAAAAUGCCAAAGCUGGUGAGCUCAUUCAGACCAUCAGUGCGGUGGAUACAGACGAGCCGGUGGUCGCACACAAGUUUGUCUUCAGUCUGAGCACAGUCAACCCCAACUUCACCAUCUACGACAAUGAAGAUAACACAGCGCGGAUACUCACACGCAGAGGAGGCUUCAGCCGGCAUGAGAUGAGCUCAUACGUGCUGCCUGUAGUGAUCUCAGACAACGAAUACCCCAUCCAGAGCAGCACCAGCACCCUGACAGUGCGAGUGUGCGCGUGUGACCGGAGCAGGAACGUGCAGUCCUGCAGCACUGAAGCCCUGCUGCUCUCCGCUGGACUGAGCACUGGAGCUCUGGUGGCCAUCUUACUCUGCAUCAUCAUAUUACUCAUGAUCGUGGUUCUGUUCGCGGCGCUGAGGAGGCAGAAGAAGAAGGAGCCCCUGAUCAUCUCUAAAGAGGACGUGAGAGAUAACGUGGUGAGCUACAACGACGAGGGCGGAGGAGAGGAGGACACGCAGGCCUUCGACAUCGGAACCCUGAGGAACCCGGAAGUCAUCGACACCAACAAAAUGCGGCGCGACAUCAUCCCAGAAAUGCUGUUUCCCUUCCGCCGCAUCUCGCCCAUUAAAGACAACACGGACGUGAGGGACUUCAUUACCGGCCGCCUUCAAGAGAACGAUUCCGACCCCACGGCACCUCCUUAUGACUCACUGGCCACCUACGCCUACGAGGGCAACGGCUCUCUAGCAGAAUCCCUCAGUUCGCUGGAGUCCGCGGCGACGGAGGGCGACCAGGAUUUCGAUUAUCUCAGCCACUGGGGGCCACCAUUCAAAAAACUGGCAGACAUGUAUAUAGGAAAAGAGACGCCGAGAGAGACUUAGAGCCGAGCUGUAACACUGUACUGUGCAUUCUGACUACAUGAACUUACUCACACCCACGCGAAUCCCACUCUUUUACGCAGCAGUAUAAUCCAGUUAGAAUCAAUGAAGACUUGAAAUCGCUCAACUACUGGGAGCAUUUUACACACAAAAACUCUACAAAAAUCUCUUUUCCUCCUCCUUCUUCUAGUACUUCUUCCUCCUUCUCCUCUUUAUCUCUUUUUUAUUCAGUAAAGAUGCCUUCGAAGUUUAGGAAUAUGUUGUGAUCCAUGGUGUGAAAAACGUGUUUUGUAUCUAUGAACAGUGAUAGCAGCUUUCUAUACUAUUGAUGUUUAUUGCUAAAUAAAUGGAUGAAAAUAAUCUGAUUAUUAGCUUAGCUUUUUCUUGCCAACCGAGUCUAAAAAAAAAAAAAAAAAAGAAUAGGUACAUGUAUACAAGUUUUACAAUUAUGAACAUAAUGUAAAGUAUUUGGUAUCUUUGUUUAAGAGGAAGUGUCCCAGUGAAAGGUUUGUAUGGGUUCUGUCCAACUGUGCAUUCAUCUCAGCACAUUGAAUUAGAUCUGUAAAAUGAAGUUUGCUCUUGUAGAAAUACUGAUCAUACACACACUCUCCAUGUUGUCUGAAUGCUGUCAUAUUGUUUUAUACUGUAUUUAUAUUUUUAUACUUAUUUUGAUAAUAAACUUUUGAAAAUCUCUGAA